ACGUAUAAAACUGCUUGCACAGCGGCAUUCACAGUUAGUGGAUCAGAUUGGAAAUGUUUUGAGGAUGAAGUUUCCUCGCUACGUUUUGUUCAUUUUUGUAUCAUCUUUUCUUCGUCAUGACGUCACAGUGUUAUCCAGCCCGGAUUGGGAUAACGCAGUCACCGCCUACGAAAACGCAAGCGCCCAGUGCAGAGAAAUUACGGAUGAAUCUCCUACCGCGGUCAAGCUAGCUGCAGCCCAGGCCUGCGAACAGGCAUUCGUGAACCUAGAUAUGCUGGCGUUGAACCUUUGCCUCCAAUGGAGAAAGCCUAAAUGCCGUCAACUCCCAGACGAGCCUUACUACCAAUGCUCGAUCAAGAAUCCUAGCUGUGCUUUUCUCGAACCAAUACAAAGAGCCAGAACCUUAUACGAGUGUGCCUACAGAACCCUGCGCGAAGCAGUGGCAAGCAGAAGUGGAGGCGGAGGUAGAGGCAGAGGCAGAAGCGGAGGUAGAGGCAGAGGCAGAAGCGGGCGCAGAGGUAGGCCGCCCCUAUCAACCCAGCGAUCGCCAGGGCGAAGGUCGCCUGGAAGAGGAAGGUCAAGGACAAGGGAAGAAACCGGUGGUCCGAGCAGUUCCGGCCCAAGAAGCCCAACUUCUUCCCUACCUCCAACCCCUUUGCAUCCUUCAAUCCCUGAUGACCAUACACUCGAACAUGAUCCUUUAUUCGGCAUAGAUGCGUACUCGUAUGGAAGUCCUUCGCGUACGUUUAUGGGUGCUGGUCAAGGUUCGACCCCCUUUGGGGGUCCUUCGCAUAUGACCAUGGGUCCACCGAUAGGUUCAGGUUCGAGGUAUGAUAGUGGUGGUGUGGGCGGCUCUAGAGGUGGGAGCCCAACACCUUCCCUCCCUCCAACCCCUGCAGAGUCUUCGAUCCCUUAUGAUCGAACACUUCAACAUGAUCCUUCAUCCGGAGUUGGUGAGUACUCCCAAUGGAAUCCUUAUCAAACGUUCUUGGGUGCACCGUACGGCAGUUCACUUCCUGGAACUCCUAUGCAACCCUCUAAUGCAGUCUAUGUACCUCAUUCACUCGCUGAAGAUCCCAACUUUGGAGUUGAUGCAUAUGAGACUCCAUCAUAUGGUCAAGGAGCAUAUUCCAGCGCCGCACACCAAAGCGGGUCCUCAAGUCAGUAUCAAGGGGCUGGAGGCUCCUCCGGUGGCGGUCAAGAGGAAGAAGCAGAAGGCGAAAAUGAAGACGAUACGGAUGAUGAAGGAGGAGAGGGUAGCUCAUCAGCGACUGUAGCGCAAGGAACACCACAGGAGUGUCCCAAGUGCCAGAAAAUUUAUACUAACCCACGAUCAUUCAAGUCGCACCUGAGAACUCACGAGUGGGUUCGGCAAGGGAAGUAUCGUUGCACCGAGUGCAAUGAGAACUUGUCCUCAAAACCCAACUUAAGGCAUCAUAUGCGUCGUUGGCAUAACAAAGAACUCCCAAGUGAGCCCAAGCCGUACAAGUGCGACUAUCCUAACUGCAACAAAGAGUACACAACUUCCAGGAACCUGACUGUGCACAAGCAAUCUCACACGAAUGUGUUUGUCUGCCCUUAUUGCGGUGCAGAGCUCAGAUUACGAAAUAGUUUUUUACAGCAUACGAAACAUUGUCCAAAGAGACCGUCUUAAAAGUGAAAAUCUUGGAGAGAGCUCACAGAGCUCAUCAACGGAAAUUAUGGACAUCACUUUCGUCUCUCAUUUCUGCGUGGUAAUUUUAAAAGUGGAUUUGUUGAGCUAAAUGACGAUCCUUAUUAAUAAAAUCAUUCUAUUCAUUC